AGUUGCUGCCAAAAAUGAAGCAAGUAACGACUUAGACCCAAAGAACCAUAGUAUUGCUGUAAAAGUUGGUUUAAUUCUUGAUUUCAACUCAUCCACCGGUUUUGUAGCCAAUUCUUGCGUAUCCAUGGCGCUAUCCGAUUUUUACUCUAUAAAUCCGCAUUACGCUAUCCGAUUUUUACCCCAAGAAUUCCAAUGAAUUUCAAAAAUGAAACUUAUAUUUUUAUUAAUCAAAAGGCUCUUUAUAUAGAGCUCACAUUAAACAAAUAAGCAUGAUUAGUGCCACUCAUAUAGUCUAAUCAUUUACAAAUAUUUCUCCAAUCAAUCAACAUUAAAACAAAAUCAACUAAUUAAUAUUUCAAUUACAAUUUUGAAUCAUAAUUCCAACAAAGGGCUAAUCGGGAAAUAAACGCUGACUUCUCACUUCCAUAUUUGGAGUCUGGAGUGGUGAUGGUGGUAAGAGUUGAACCUGACAGGCUAAAAAACAUGUGGAUAUUUUUGAAGCCCUUAAGUUGGGAUCUAUGGCUUACCAUUGUUUUAGCAGCCGUCUUCAUUGGAUUUGUCCUCCGAAUGUUGGAACGCCAUGUAAAUCCCCAACGCCAACUUGGCAUGCUUUUCUUGUUUCCAUUAGCGGCUCUAGCCUUUCCUGAAAGGAACAUGGUGGGAAACAAAUGGGCAAAAUUUGUGCUGGUGGUAUGGUUAUCCAUGGCAUACAUACUAAUGCAAAGUUAUACAGCAAAUUUAUCCUCAAUUUUAACUGUGAGUCAGCUGAGACCUUCUGCAGACAGCCCUGCUUGUGCAGGUUAUCAAAGAUAUUCGUUUGUGGGAGACAUGCUGAAAAAGAUGAACAUAAAAACCCGCAAUUAUACAAGCAUGAAGGAAUAUGAUGAUGCCCUCUCUCGCGGAUGCAAAAAUGGAGGGGUUGACGUCAUUUUUGAUGAGAUUCCCUACGUCAAACUAUUCCUCCACAAAUACGGUUCUAAAUAUCAAAAUAUAUCUUCAAAAAUGGAUGGUACAGCUACUGGUGGAUUUGGCUUUGCUUUUCCGACUGGAUCUCCUCUGUCUAAGCCCAUCUCAAAGGCAAUAUUAGAUAUUAUGGAAGAAGGAAAGAUUCAACAGAUGGAGAAGAGAUAUUUUGGGGUAGGUACAUCGUACAUUUCAAUAUCACGCCGAAGAUAUUCCACGGGAUGGACCAAGUUUGACGUCAUACAGUUUUGCUGGCCUUUUCACCAUCACGGCCCUCCUGACAGUAGUUGCACUUGUUUGUUCUGAAUGCUCCUCUGCUAUUUCAAGAUUUUGCAACCUACACGCUGUUAAUAUUUCGAGAGUUCAAUCAGUUGAGGUGACUGGUUAUGUUUCCUCUGAUGAGAAUGAACCACAAGAUUCCAAGGAGGAGGCUGAAAUCUUAGUCCAGGAAGAAAGCAAUGAUGAACAAGUAGUACAGCCCACAAAUGUUCAUAUUGAUCACGGUGGUGAAUGAUCUGUUCAUGUAAAUAUUAGUGACAGGUCUCAUUACAUAUCAAAUUACAUAUUUAUCUAAAAAUAUUUAAUACAAGCGGAUUAGACAAUGUGAUAGAAUCAGUCUUAACUGCGGUAGGACCUCAUUUGGAAUCUGCAUUUCUGUUUAAGAUUGUGGAAUUUAAGUGAGCAU